ACCGGUGUCUGUGUUGUCACUUUUUUAUGCUAGAGUAGAGGCGGUGAACUUGUGCAUCGCAUCGGCGUUAAGGACAUUGCUGUUUUACCUAAGGAGGAUUAACCGUCCAUCUCAUUUCUACGCCAUGAGUAAUUCAAGCUCUAUAUCCAAAGCCGAAUUAAUAGCGGCCGUCUCAUUGACCGCCGGAGCAACUGCGGUUGGCAUCCUGGUGUACCGAACAUUUUUCUCCAAAAGUAAAUGCAGUAAGCCAAAGGUGAACCUGGAUUUGCAGAAGGACAAUCCGAAAGUGGUACAUGCGUUUGAUAUCGAGGACCUGGGAGACAAGGCUGUGUACUGUCGCUGUUGGCGUUCUAAGAAGUUCCCAUACUGUGACGGUGCCCAUGCAAAACAUAACCAAGAGACUGGAGACAAUGUCGGCCCUCUUAUCAUCAAACGCAAAGAGGCGUGAGAGCAAAAGUCUCAAGCUUGGAUAUCAUGCCUUGGAUGUUUUCGCUGUUCACACACGCACACCUGUGUCUGUCCUAGUCAAUUUGCUUUUUUUUUUUUGGUUUUGCUUUUUUCCAAAUUGGUAUUACUACUUCUCUUUUGAUUCCUGCAGUGGUGGGGGUUCUGCGACUCAACCAAAUCUAGUGAUAUGUGAGGCUCUGUGUCUGCCCUGGUCUUUGUUAGUGAGUGGGAAAGGGGUGUGGAGAGCACUGGUGCAGUGCAGAGGAGGACAAGCUUGGUCUGACCGCCCUACUGUCCAUACACUAAUGUGAUUGAAUGUGUAAACUGUGUGUGUGUGUGUGAUUAGUUUGCCGAGAGGCAUUCUACAUUUGCACUAAGCCAUCUAUGUGCUGCUUAUGUGUAGGAGAGUUGUCUUAUAGGGUCUUGGCCACGAAAGGAAUCCUCUGGCCCUGUCUAUGUUCAGGGGUUGGGUUGGCAUGGAAAGCUCUUCAACGGUUCAUGUCUGUCGUCUUUCAGUUAUUGCAGUGUGUGUAUAUAUGUGAGCUUGUGUUUCUCCCCGGAACAAUGCUUCCUAGUUAAUGUGAUGAGAUGUCUUUAAAGCAUCACCCUCCAACACACAGCCUUAUCUCCAUCGUUGUCAUUCAACUGAUUAGCUCUUAGCUUCUGUUGUGUGACUCAAAAGCAGGGCACAUUAUUUUCUUAAACAGCCUGAAUGUGGUCUUGUUUGGUCUAGAAUUACAGAAUUUCCUCAGAUUAUCCAGCUCCUCAAAUUUAGUAUGUUGGCUAUAAUGUGCUUUGUUGCCAAUCCACUGAAUGAUUCAUAUCUUUUUUUUUUUUCCUUUUUUUUUUUUUGAAGAGAAUGUGGUUUGUGUUAUGUGUUUGUUGUCAUGAAGCUGCCAAUUCAGUUAACAUUGACAAACAUGGACUCAUACUUGAUGCCAGAAAUUCAACUGAUUUAUCUUAUCAAUGUCGUGGACAUUGCUUGUUCAGGUUAUUUAUUUACUAAAAUAAAUAAUAUGUCAACUUCAUAGUAUUACUGACCCAUUGUCUUGCACUUGUAGACUAGUAUGUUUCUAUGUCUGAGAUGAAUUGUUGCCCCAUGAUGUUGUUAUUUGUUCUGCCUUUUCUGUAGUCUGAAAACCUAGCUACUGAAUUCUUCAAUCUGUCAAUCGGGUUGAAAUUCUUCCACAAAGUCUAUGUGGUGUACAUAUAUUUCAUGAGCUUGGAGGUGUUAUUUGUUUCCUACUGUAGCAUGAAUCUACUGUAUUGGUUAAACUUAGAAUUCAUUGAUUUAUAAAACAUCCAUUAUUCCUCUGCAGUAGUUCUUGUUUGUACGCAGCCAGCUACUGUAGCUGCAGGCUAUCAGCAAUCAGUGCAAGAAUGUGGCAAGUUAUGAGUUGUUGACCUGAAAGGCUUUUUUCCCCUAUUGUUCAUCGCACCUUGAAGAGGUCAGGGUUGUGUGUACAUAGAAGAGAGAAGAUAAUGGUAAAUAUACAGAGCUGUUAAUAGCUUUUUGGCACCAUUAUGUAUGUUUUAUAUCAUUUGAUUUAUUAUAAUUAUUAAAAAGCAUUUAAACCAA